GGACUGAAACUUUUGUUAAUUUUGCUUGUUAUCUUUUCGUUAAUAUUGUCCGGUGCGUUGAUCUUCAUCAAAGGCUUUUUGCUGUCGAGGACUGCCAUCACAACAGCAAGUGAUUGUGAAGCUGACUUUGCUCUUAGGGCAGACGACCACCAUUCUAAUCAUGGAGUUGAAGGUUGUUGGAUGCAUGGCAGAUUCAAAAGAGCAAUUAUUAUCAUCAUUGAUGCAUUAAAAUAUGAGUUUAUUGAUUACAAUGUCAGUCUUCAGUCAAUGAUCAAUGAAAAGAUACCGCCUUAUAAAAAUAAACUAACCACUUUGAAUCAUUUGAGAAAACAAAAACCAAUGCAUACAAGGCAAUAUAAAUUUAUUGCGGAUCCACCAACAACUACAAUGCAAAGGCUUAAAGGCUUGACAACUGGAAGCUUGCCAACCUUUGUUGAUGCUGGUGCAAAUUUUCAGAGUUAUGAAAUAAUGGAGGACAGCUUUAUUGACCACCUAAUAAAACAAAAGAAGAAAAUAAAAUUCUUUGGUGAUGAUACCUGGCUAAGUUUGUUUCCAAAAAGAUUUUAUAAAUCCUUUGAAUUCCCUUCAUUUAAUGUUAAAGAUCUUCAUUCUCUUGAUAAUGAAAUAUUAAAACAUAUAUAUUCUGAACUACAAGUGUCUGAUUGGGAUGUUAUCAUAGCUCACUUUAUUGGAGUUGACCAUUGUGGCCAUAUCUAUGGUCCAAAUCAUCCUGCAAUGAGAGAAAAACUAACACAGAUGGAUAGUGUUAUAAGGUGAUAUUCUUACAAAUUAUUAAAAUUUUAUAACCCAUAAUUUUUUAAGUUCUCCAAUUCAUUGUAUCAAUUUAAAAAAUUAUUUUUAAAAUUACAACAAACUCUAUCUAUUUAACUAGGAAUAACUUUACUAAACUGUCUAAACUUAUGGUCUUAAAAAUGCACUGUUGAAAUUGAAAUACAUUAUUGAUAGCUUAAACUUUCUUUUAUGGGCUUUUACUAUAGGCUAUUGUUUAAAUUUGUAUUUUGUUUUCAUUCUAGAAAUGUUACAAAUAUUAUGAGGGAUGACACAAUACUGUUUAUAAUGGGAGACCAUGGAAUGACAAAAACAGGGGAUCAUGGUGGAGAUAGUGCAGAUGAGAUUGAAGCUGGUCUGUUUAUUUACAGUCCUGCACAGAUCGCAUCCAGAAAGCAAGAUGAGGUAUCUGUUUAUAUUACACUGAAAGACAACAGUACAAAUAGUGCUUUAAGGCACUGAUUAUAUAUUUAUUUCAACUUAAGUGGCACCAUAAAGUGUAGAUAAAAAAAGAACAUUUAUAUAUUACAAUCAUUCAGUUUUAUUUCUGUUGUAAUCACAAUUUUUUUUUUAAACAUACAUACAUUUGUAUCCUUGAAACAACUAUUUUUGCAGUUCCCUAAUAUUUAUUAUUAUUAUAGAUCAGGGAUCCUCAAACUAUUUUAUUAAGGGGCUGGUUCACUGUCCCCCCAAAAGCUGUUGGACUGGUAUGAAUGAAUUCCUAUGCACACUACACAUAUCUUAAUAAUAAUGCAAAGAGCCAACAGACAAAAAAAAAACCAAUACAAUCUUUAAAAUAAACAUUUUUAAUCAACAUCAACUUAUUACUCUUUCAUUGGAAGUUUGGUUCAGCUUUUGGCUAAACAAUUGGUCAGUGUCCAGUUCCAUAUUUGUCACUGCUACCAAGGUACAUACACCGACCAUGCAGACUAGGUUAAGGACCCCUGGGAGACUGGAUUUAGCCUGUGGGCUGUAGUUUGAGGACCCCUGUAAUGAUGAAAAUAAUAACUUAAUAUUUAUUUAAUAAAUCAUGUAUUUAGUAAGCUGGAAAGUGCAAAAAGUUGUACACUGCUAUGCACUACUGUUUCUUAAAUUUUAAUUUGAUUAAAUCUUUAUUUUAUUGCAGACAGAAGAUAGCAUAGUUAUGCAAAUGGAUUUCGUCCCUACCCUGUCUCUCCUUUUAGGGCUUCCAAUACCAUUCUCAAACUUAGGAAUGGUUAUACCUGAGCUAUUUAGUUACUGCCCAUGGUGGAACACUGCAUCAAAUGAAUUGAGACAAGUGUAUCACAAGAUUAAGGUUGGAAUAAUUUUUGUCUAUUUUGUUAAAAGCAUAAAUAAAGUCAUAGUUGAAAGUUACAUCUUAAGUAAGCAAUAAUUAUUCAAUAAAAUAAAUGUCUUAAUAUUUAAAGUGUAUUUUUCAAGUUAUUUAUUUGUUCAUUUCCAGGCGCUUAGGCUUAAUGCACAUCAAAUAAACCUGUACCUCACUACAUAUCAACAAAUUGCAUCAGAUCUGCCAGCAAGCAAGCUUAGAACAUUACAACAGCAAGUCACCAGAGCAGAAAGUGAAGUUCAAGGUUUGAUAACAACGAUGAUCUCGCAAGGGCCCACAAAUGAUGCCCUCCAAAAGCUUCAGUCAUUAGAGAAAUUGUACAAGAAGUACAUUAGAGAGGCAAGGGAGAUGUGUGAAAACGUAUGGGCUAAAUUUGACCUUAAGAUGAUCGUGGCUGGGAUUCUUACAGUCGUGCUUGGAGCAGUACAGGGAUUGUACUUUUUAGUGGUUUGGAAUAAUGAUGAAGAACGUCUGCCGGCAUCAGCAAAAUUUUUACUUGCAGGCUCCUUGUUACACAUGCUGUAUCUUGUUGUGCAUAUUUCACUGUUCUCUGAUGCAGUGCCUCUUAUGGCGUACACAUUGGCUGUAGUACUUAUGCUUUUAAAUGUUGCUGUGAUGAAAGAUAACUUGAUCAAAACUGGUUCUCUAGCAGAAUUCGUUACAUUGGAGAAUGUAGCAUCAACUGUUUUGUUGGCAUCUUAUUGCUGUUUUUAUUUCUCAAACAGUUUUAUUGUUUUUGAGAAUGCGGUCUCACUAUUUUUAGUUCAGACACUUGUGUGUAUUUUUAGUUUUCGAAUUGUGCUUAAAAACUUUUCAGGAGAAAGAAAAGAAAAUGUAAAAACUGAUUUUAUGAGAUAUUCUAAAAAGUCAAAGUCUAAUUUUGAACUUAUUCAAGUGAUAAAACAUCCAACUACUUUAGUGCUUGUUUCAACUUUACUUUGCUGCAUAGUUCUGAGAAUUACUUCAAAUUUCUUUGUGUGCAGAGAGGAGCAGGGCUCCUGUGAAAACCCAUUUCUCACAUUUCCACUAGCCUCGAUGGAAGGGGCUAGUAAAAAUCAAAGAUAUAUUUUGAGCGUCUUUAGCCUGGCAUCACUGGUCUAUGCAUUUAGACACUGGCUGAAGUACUUUGGGAAUCUGAAUGGCACCAGUCCAGCUGUGGUUUGCUUGUCAUUUGCACCUCCGGUGGCUGGCAUGUUCAUAUGUUUUCACUGGGCUCUACAAGGUCUUCCGGAAUUUGCCAGCGAAUCAUUUUCAGCCUGGCAGCUGGCACUUAUGGCUCAAGCUGUGUACAUUAUUCUGAUAGCUUCCAUGCUCACACUGAUGUUGUUUCCACUUCUUGUUUACAUGCUGCCAGCUAAAUUAGGUUCAACUCUUCGUCUCCCCAAUCAAGGUUUGUAUUACAUGUAUUUCAGGAUGUGAUGAGCAUUUUAUUGAUAUCUAUUUUACAUGAUUGAUUUUUCAACAACAGCAAAAAAAUAAUAAUAAUAAUUAGAAUAAUUUUUUGUAAUGACAAAACAUUAAUGAUUCAAGCAACUAGGCUAGCUUAGAUGAACUAUUCUGCAAUUAAAAAAAAAUAAUUUGUAAAAAAUGUGUCUCUUUUUUUGUUGUAAAUAAAUCUUAAAUAGAUUUUCUGUUGAUUUAGUUAAUAUUAAGCUGUGUACAUCUAUUUCUUUAGCUGACUUCCAGCAAAUCAUUCCCACUCUCUACAAUCAACUUAAAGUUCGUCUCACUGAAUCUCAAGGUGGGGAUGAGGAAAAACCACCUGUAGUCUACGGACUUGGUUCAGCAUAUUCUGCAAGUGUUGUGGCCAUGUUAUCCAUUGUAAGCCUAUUGCUGGCUCUGCUGUUGAAUGAUGGCAUUGCCCCAAGCCUGCUUUUGGCCUCGAUUGCCUUAUACUUGUGUUUGGAGCUGUAUUCUUCCGCCACUGCUUCAGAGGAAUUAAGAAAAGGUAACUCCUGGAGUAAUUUUUGUAUAAUCAUAUUUAAGUCUCUAAGUGCAACUUCCUAAUCAUUUGAUGUAAGUUCUUCCAAAGCCUCAGUGCUGAAAAAUAAAAUAAUAGUGAAAUUUAAAAAAAAAUUAAUUUCAGGUGUUACUCGGGUCAAUCAAAUCAUUCAAAGAGUAGAAAGAGUGAUUUAUGACUUUUAACACCCCUAAAUUUCUCCAACCCCUACUUGCCAAAUCUCCAACCCACACACUCUCCCCAUACCUCUUAUGCUCUCCUCAAUUGACCAUACCCUCUUUCAAUUUAUCACCCACUCUCCAAUUAACCUUACAUUCUUCCCCAACUACUUCUUGUAUUGUCUUAUUUACUCACCUACAUCUCUUCAUUAUUGCUGUGCACCAAAAGAACCACAAAAAACAAUUGAAAAUAAGUUGUAAACUUUUAAAAAUUAGACUUGAUAAAGAACAGUUUUCAAUAUUUAAUACUUUAAAUACACAGCAUGCAAAAUAUUGCUUUAUAGUUUCAAAAGAUAAAAAUUUUAUGCGCUUUUAUGCCGACUUGAUGUACUUCUGGGCCAUGUUUUCUUGUAAAUAUAUAAUUUUUAGGCACAUGGCUUGUAUCUAUAUUCAACACUUUGUUUGGAUAAAGCUAAAAGAUUACAUAUUUUAUAGAUAUAAAGUCAAUAAAAAAUAUUUUAAGAUGCACCUCGCUAGUUGCAUGGUGCUCCUCAUCUGCAAUGUGGCUGACUCUUGAUUGUUUUACGGGUGUAAUGUUCUUGAUGAACCAUGUUUGGGAAAUUCUGCUAUUGAAAAUCUACAAUGUAAAGAAAAUGUCUACCAUUUUAUGAAAUGUGUGCACAACAGUGAAUAUAGAUAUAAGUAGAAAAAAGUGUAUUCAUUUCAACAGGACCUUAUCAAGACCAGAAUUUUUAAGCCUAACAAAAUAAAAGUCUAAAAGUUACAUUUAAAUAGUGAGAACUUUUCAGCAGAAAAAAAAUAGACUUGUUUAUUGAGUACCGGUAAUGAUCAUUAUGACUCAGUUAUUGAGUUCACCUUUCUAUAUUGAUUGACUGCAACUAAAGCAAAUCAGAUUUACUUUUUGGCUAUGGUGCAGUCGCAUGUCAAUACAGGAGAGACUUAUUAACAGUCAAAUUUAAAGUCAUGAAAGUCAUUUUAUUCAUAAUUAGAGUACCGUCUUGAAUAAAUCCUUAUUUUAACAGGAGCCCACAUAGCAAGUCCUUGCUGGGCUGGCAUGAUUUUGCUGAGUCUUCUCUCUACUCUGUUCUUCUAUGGGACUGGUCAUCAGGCAACAAUACCCAGCAUCAGAUUUGAAGCAGCUUACACUGGAUUUUAUGGAGAUUUCAACAACUUUAUUCUACCAGGUAGGAGAUUCCCAUUGCCAAAAUAAUAGAAGUCAGUUUGUGGGUUAUAUAAUUUAUUAUAGAAAACAUUUUUACUAUUUUUCUGAGCUCUAACUGCCUCUAACAAUAUAUUUCUCAUUAGAAAAGUCAUAUGUGAACAUUGUGCAUGUAGUUUUUGUAUGUAUCCUAGUUCUGCCAUAAAAAUAUUUUUUACAAUUAAAUCACAAUACUAUCAAUUAGUUUAUAGAUGUUAAAUGAUAAUCAGAUUUCUCUUUAUGCGUUUUGAAAACGAACGAUAAUGGUUUUUAUUUGCAUCAAAAAUUUAAAAUAACAAGAAUCACAGCUUUUGUUGUGAAAUGUGGUAAUUGGCAUAUUUAUGUAUUGGGUGCAUUACGUUGUUAUUUCUAUGAAAAAAUAUGUUCUUUAAUAUCCUUUGACUGUUGCUUUUAAGGUCUUAUGAAUAACUGUAAAGUAACUUGUAUAGCUAAUAACUUGUAUAGCUAAGAGGUUAUUUAUUUGUAGGUCAAUAACAAAGCAGUUAAAAAUCUAAGUAUUGAUAUGACAAAAACAUUUCCCGUGUAAUUGUAAGGAACAUUGCUUCUGCUUUCAGGUUUUUUAAUUUGGCUGAACACAUUUGCUGGGCCUAUUUUCUUCAAUCUGGCCAGUCCACUUCUUGUCUUCUGGCCUUUAUUAUCAAGCGCUCUUGUUGGUAUGAUGGUCAGAAAGACACCAGAACAAGCACAGAGAAAAGCAACUUGGCAGGGUGAUUUUAAAUUAUUCAAUAAUGGAAUCCAUUUGAGGAAGAGCAUGUUCAAAUUAUGCUGUGGAAUUAUUGUCAUUGCGUCAUUAAAGGUAAUUGAACACUACUAGGUGGCAUCUGAUAGUUCUGAGACUGUAUUUGAUGUGAUUGUGUGGUUCAUCCAAUACUAUUUAUUUGCUGUGAGUGUACCGUUCAUCCAAUACUAUUUAUUUCCUGUGGUGGUAUGAUUCAACUAAUUCCAUUGUGACACUUCCAAGUUCCCUGAAUCAUUUGACCAAGAUGCAUGGCUCUGUAAACAGGCGGCAUUGAGCUGUUUCAUGUGUUAUAAAGCCUUGAUGUUUGUUUUAGCUAUAUUUACUUAACCAUUUCCACCUCUGUGUUUUAUCUAAUAUUUAGCAAAACUCUAAAGCGAAUAUUUAAUAAUUAACAUUAAGCACGAAAUCUUAGAAAUUUAUUGAAUCAAGGUAAACUUUUAUAAUUUAUAUUUUUCAGUUUUUAUCUGCGGCUACAGCUGCCGCUCUUCAUCGGAGACAUCUGAUGGUGUGGAAAAUCUUUGCCCCCCGAAUGGUGUAUGAAGGGGCCAUGUUUCUCACUGUGUCGGUCUGUGCGUUUAUGGCAUUUUUGUUUGUUUUAAGGGUGGACAAUGUCCUGUCAAAAUUUGUCAAAAAUAUCGCAACAAAGAAAGGGAACUGAAGAAGUUCAAACCCUAAUCCCAGGCAGCAAAAUUGUUGAUCUAUUUACAAAACAUUGAUUAUUUUUGUUUGUCAGAAAUUAUUUUGAGAAAUUGACACGAAAUGCAAGAAAGGUUAAGGUUGUUAGUUUGGAGUCAAAAUAACACAAUGUUCUCAGUUUGCAGAACACAACUUAAAACUGAGGAAACAAGAGACUUAUGACCUCAUUUCUUGGUUUAUUUUAUCAGAAUAGAAAAACUCAUUCAUUAUAACAUAAUCACAAGAGCAAAGUUUAAUGAAGAGAACAACGUAGUAUGUGCAGUGAAGCCCAACACUUCGUGGUGAAUGUUCAACAAAAUUACAUCCUACAUG